UCGUUUGUUCUCCAUGCAAUAGUGCUGAGAAACUUUGGUCGGUCACACACAGACACUCAUUCUCUGCACUGAAGCAAGUACGGCCAUCUGUGACUCUUAAGGAUGGAGGAAGAAAUCAAUUAUUCUACGGUGGUUUUCAAAGAUAAAGCUCCAGAAGAGAAAAAAGAGGACUCUACAAUUUACGCUGAAGUCAAACCUAAAGGAGCUGCUACUACUGUACCGAAUGGUGAAGCAGCUGGAUGCUCUCGCUUUCGUGUGUUGGCGUGCGUUGGUGUGGGGAUACUCUGUGUCCUCCUGGUGGCGAGCAUCGGUUCCAUCAUCUACUUGGACAUGGAAUUGAACGAACAGCGAGCAAACCACGACGACAUCACAGCAGAAAAAGACAAGCUGAUCAUGGAGAAGAGCCUCUUAGAGCGAGAGAUGACGAAUUUGAGCAUAGUCGCAGAGAAUUUGAGCAUAGUCGCAGAGAAUUUGAGCAUAGUCGCAGAGAAUCUCAACAGGACGCUGGAAAUCAUCCUGACAUUUGACACCUUUCCAGUAAAUGAAUACUGCCCAGAAAAAAAGUGUCAGCCGUGUCCGAAAUCCUGGAUUCUGUUCAAGGAAAAGUGCUACCUGUUUUACGAAGAAAAUGCUCCUUGGAAGACACGGGAAGAGAGCCGAGGGUUUUGCCAGAAGAAAAAAGCAGAUCUGGUUGUCGUUGACAAUCUGCAAGAACAGGAAUUCAUCAGUAGUCACACAAAGUACUACCACGACAGCUUUCAUGGAUAUUGGAUUGGGUUAAAGAAAACCAAAGACAACUACUGGGUCUGGGUUGAUGGACGUAAGGACACUCUAGGGUACUGGAUCAAUAACGGCGCUGGCCCAUAUGCACUGUUCAUCCCUGGGAGGAAUCUCACAGCCAGCUGGGGUCCAGCGAAUCGUCUAUUUGAAAACAAAUUCAUCUGUGAGAAUGACCCUAUCAUAUGGUCUACUUAGUAAGCGCUAUCUUUGUUACUCUUCAUGUUGCGUGCAAAACUGUAUCAUCAUAUUAAUAAUGUUCCUGAAAUAGCCUGAAGAUGAUUUAGUACGCAAGUGUUCAUCAUUUUGUCUACCUGUACAAUAAGCAUUAUUUAAAAUGUAUUUUAUUAGCUGCUUUUUAGUGUCAGAUGUCUUUUUGAACAGAUAACUAGUGUAAACCAAAGAAACGAUGACAAAACAGACAACAUCUUCUACAGUAUUAAGUCUCACAAGAGCAGCAUUAACCUGUAAAUGCUAUUGAUUUCCACUGGAGAUCAGGAUUCACCUCAAUAUAUACAAAGAGCUCAGCCCACCCAGCACUCAUUUGUCACGGAUGAUUUAAUCAUCUAUCAGUGUAAUCAUCCCUGAAUUAUUGCAACAAAUAUCAGUGACCUUAACUGGGAAGAUGCUCUGUAUUAUAUCCAAAUAUUAAUAUUAAUAUAUAAGUCAAUGGAACAUGUGAAGUGUUUCUUACGAUGAUCCAAAAUUCGACAUCCUUUAAGCAAGCGGACUUAUGCAACGUCUACGUCAAACAUUACAGCUGCAAACUGAUGCAACAAAGAUUGGUUCCUGUGGCCGGCUUGCUGCAUGUUGUGUACUCAAUUUUUGGUGUUACAUAACGACCAGUGUGUACAAAUAUGUUGUGUAAAAAAAGUUCCUUUUUUUCCACCUUUCUUUGUUAUUACUAUUAUUUUUCAUUCACUUGUCAUCAUUACUAUUUUUUUUAACCUUUAUUACAAUUACUUCACCUUUGCUUAUUCUUAUCAUUUUUGUACUUGUGUGUAAUUGUGCUGUAUAAAUACAAAAUAUUAUUUUCAUUACUUUUUUCUGAAGCUAUAGGCAGUAAAGGGAGGUAUUUAUUCUGUUUCAUGAAGAUGGUGGUAUUGUAUGAAAUUGAAUCAGGCAUCAGUGGGGGAAGAAGUACUCAGAUCUUUUAAAAAUAGCAAUACUACAGUGUAGAAAUACUCUGUUACAAGUAAAGUAGUGAGUCAAUUUUAUUUAAUUAAAAGUAAAAAAGCAUUACCAUCAAAAUAUACUUAAAGUACUAACAGUAAAUGUACUCAAUACAGAACGGCCCAUUUCAGAAGAAUGUAUAUUAUAUUAUUUCAUAUAAUUAUUGAUGCAUUAAUGUGUCAAUACAAAAUAAAUAACGUCAUAUUUUAACCGUUUCCACUCCACUCCUCUUUAUCAUAGACCCAUUUUCAUUGCAAAUUUCCCCACUGUGGGACUAAUAAAGGAACAUUUUAUCAUAUUUUUGUCUUACAAGGGGGUCUUUAGGGGGAGAUAGCAGGUCAACAGUAGAGAAGUGGUGUACAUCAUCUGAAAGCUG